UCAGUGUGUAGGUGGUACAUAGUGGGAAUGGAAAACUCCUAAGGAGGAAACCGUGGAAACACCAGGAUUUAACAGAUUGUAAGAACAGUAAGUGUGUCCCAAAGAAGAACAUCUUGCAAGAAAUACAGUCAUUGGGGGUAUACUGAUACUAGGUCCACAAUGGAGGUUCCCCCAGCAUCCAAGCUUGGUGAGACCUUUGUGUUUGAAGAUGGGUUAGAGAUGCAACAGCUGUUCCCAGAGGAGGACCUGGGAGACUCAUUUCUUCAGGAAAGAGGCUUAGAGCAGAUGGCUGUUAUCUAUAAGGAGAUCCCUCUUGGGGAGCCAAGCGAGGGACAUGAUGAUUAUGAGGGGAAUUUCAGUCUUUGCUCAAGCCCUGUUCAGCAUCAGAGUAUCCCCCAAGUAAACAAACCCCAGGAUGAUGAAAUAUUUGGCCAAACCUUUCUCCAGAAAUCAGACCUUAGUAUGUGUCAGUUAAUCCGUGGUGGAGAAGAACCCAGUAAACACGACUGUGAGCUAGUGGGCAGGGGGGACUUGGGACCAAAUGAACCUCACAGAACUGCACAGCCACCAAAACCCUAUGCAUGCCGGGAAUGUGGGAAGGCCUUCAGCCAGAGCUCGCACCUUCUUAGACACCUGGUGAUCCACACUGGGGAGAAGCCCUAUGAGUGCUGUGAGUGUGGGAAGGCCUUCAGCCAGAGUUCGCACCUUCUCAGACAUCAGAUAAUCCAUACCGGAGAGAAGCCCUAUGAAUGCCCAGAAUGUGGAAAAGCCUUUCGCCAGAGCUCGGCCCUUACGCAACAUCAGAAAACCCACACUGGGAAGAGACCCUAUGAGUGUAGGGAGUGUGGGAAAGAUUUCAGUAGGAGCUCAAGUCUGAGAAAACAUGAGAGAAUUCAUACUGGAGAGAAACCUUAUCAGUGUAAGGAAUGUGGAAAAUCCUUCAACCAGAGUUCAGGCCUGAGCCAGCAUCGGAAAAUCCACACCCUAAAGAAACCUCAUGAAUGCGAUCUCUGUGGGAAGGCCUUUUGCCACAGGUCCCACCUCAUUCGGCACCAGAGGAUUCACACUGGGAAGAAGCCGUACAAAUGCGAAGAGUGUGGGAAGGCCUUCAGUCAGAGCUCCAACCUCAUUGAGCAUCGGAAGACCCACACGGGUGAGAAACCCUAUAAAUGCCAUAAGUGUGGGAAAGCCUUCAGCCAGAGUUCCUCCCUCAUCGAGCACCAGCGGAUUCACACUGGAGAGAAGCCUUACGAGUGCAGCCAGUGUGGAAAGGCCUUCUGCCACAGCUCCGCACUGAUUCAGCACCAGAGAAUCCACACCGGGAAGAAACCCUAUGCAUGCAAUGAGUGUGGCAAAGCCUUCCGGCACAGGUCGGCCCUUAUCGAACAUUAUAAAACCCACACUAGAGAGAAACCCUAUGAGUGUAACAGAUGUGGCAAGUCCUUCAGGGGGAGCUCACACCUUAUUCGGCAUCAGAAAAUCCAUGCUGGGGAGAAGCUCUAGAAGCAGGAGCUCACACCAAAGCUUGAAAGCCUUUCCCAGAUGGAGCCUGCACCCAAUCGCUUUGUCUGCAAGGCCCCAUCCACCUUCCCCAUAACAGAGCUGAGCCUAGGCACUCCUGAACACCCAUACCAGCAGCAAGGCCCCCUCUUGGCCAGGUGCCCUGUGAUCAGCAGGUUUAUUGAGCACAAGGGAGGGUGCAGGGAUAGGAAGGCUGCCAGAAGGGCUGAGCACCUGAAAAGAGAGUGGGCCUUCGGUUUUCUCAUUCUCACAUUUGACUCGCACACCUGUGAAGUUUAGUUUUCCCCUCUAUUCCAGAACCCAGAAGAGAAGUGAAUGUAAGAGGGAAAAAGUUGAGUUAAACCCACAAAAAUGUCAGGUGAGAACUCUUAACAUCAGGCUACAGUCUGGUACUUAUUAUAGAAGAAAUAACCAUUCUCUCAGUCCAAAUUAGCUGAAGAAAAAUGAAUCCAAAAAGUAGAAAGCUCAGCCACAAAAUGGAAUCUUCUGCCUGGCUUAGGCACUUGUAGGGACAACCAAAACAGGUUACAGAAUAAAGGGAGUGUCUGGAAGGAUUAGUUCCAGAACUGGGAGUGAGGGUGCGAGUCCCUGGUGUGGUGUCUUAAUCCUGUUCUGCGUUAGAGUGAGGGUGGUCUCUUUCAAGGAGAGUAGAGGUUUGGUCCUGCAGGCCAGAGGAUGUUUGAUGCCCAGCUCUGACUCAGCCCAGGCCUGAGGCAUUAGUACCCUCCAGGAGUAGCCCCUCCACAAGACCCAGGGCUCCUAAAACCACAGUGUGCCUUGGACAUCAGCAGGGCCCAUUUUUGGUCUGGUGGCUAUGCAGCCUCUCUGCCUUCCAGUGCGGGGUUGGGCAGGGAUGGGGGAUGUUGGAAGCAGGGAUAUUCAGUCAGAAGUCUGGGUUCAAGUCUCAGUUCCAUCCCUCCAACCUACGUGACGCCGAGGAAGCUCCAAGGCUCAAUUUUCCUGUCCAUGAAAUGAGGAUAGUAGUAGGAUCUGGCCACAUACUUCUAAGGGUUGGUACAAGGCUCCCGUUCAGGAUGAAACCACGUAUGAAAGUGCUUUGGCAACUGGCGAUUGAGUGUGGAUACGCAUAGUGAUCCUUGUCCCACCUGGAAACACUGUUUCUGAAACCUGGAGAAGCAUCCCCAUCUGGUUCCUGAAAUGGCAGAGUUUGCAGCAGGCCCUCAUUAAUCCAGGCUUUCCAAUACUCCCUCAGGCUUGCACCCUGGGCUGGGGGUGCCCUGUAUUUGUCCUACACACAGAUGUUUCCUGGAGGCCAUCCUCAGCCUCCCUGUGGUGGCAGUGCAAUCCAUGUCCCUGUACUUCUUUCUGUUCCCGCC